GUUUUCCCUCGGUUAAUACAUUAGAAAAAAGUUCGCAAACAAACAAGACGUGCGUACACAGUCAAAUAUGGCCAAAGAAUUUUUAGCACUUAUUGCCCUUUUUCUCCAAUGGCAAAUUAGCUUUGAAAGUCAAGAGUACGAAGCAGACGAUCCAAGAAAUGCGUUCGAAUUUGGCGCGUUGACGAAAUCUGAUGCUGAGAACUCCACCAGUCAAAGCUCAUUAGGUAUUGAAGAUAUUGUCAUGAUUGUCAGGACGCAAUCCAACUCAUUUCACAAAAAGAAGGCCAAAAUAUUCCUCAACCAUAUCAAGGACCAACUGAAGCCUGAAGAUAAGGAAAAAUUGGUGGUUAAAAUGGUUCACCAGAACUGGGCUCCCUUUGGUGCUUGGACAAUAUUUCCUAUGUUAACAAAGUUAAAUGAAGAAUUUAGUGAAUCAAAAUCCUGGAUAUUUUUCUGUGAAGAAGAUACAAUCAUUGAUUUGCCUGCACUUCUGAAAGUGCUUCAAAGGUUUAAUAAAAGUCAGCCUUUGUUUCUUGGUCAUGGCAUCCAAGAUCACUAUCCAGCCAUUAUCCAUCACUUUGCAUUUGCGGAGAAUCCAUCUAAGUUCUCAUUUCCUGAUUUCUCUGCUGGAUGGGCCAUCAGUAGUUCUCUUCUUAAAAUGUUAUCAUCAAGAUUAGAGAAAAAUCCAAUGAAGUCAGAUUUUACAAUUGAUGUUCAGCAUGAGGUUGCAAUGUACAUCUGGAAUGAUGGAAAAGGAAUUUCUUUAACUGACGUGCCUGAAUUCUGCACCAGUAAACCAGGAGAAGAUAAACUGUGUGCAACGUCUUUUAAUAGUACUCCAUUUGAUUGUGGAGAGGUAUCUUUAGACGACAUAUUUUUUGCUGUAAAAACCACACAAAAGUUUCACAAGACGAGAGUUCCUAUCGUAAAGGACACACUAGGCCUUCAUGCAAAACAUCUAGUGUAUUACAGCGAGACAGAAGACCCUGAUGUUCCUACAGAAAACAUUGGUGUACCUAACACAGAAAUGGGUCACUGUGCCAAGCUGCAGGCCAUUAUCGAACGAUCAUCGAAAGACAAAAGAUUUAACAAGAAACCCUGGCUUGUCGUGGUCGAUGAUGAUACGAUCAUGAGCGCGCCUCGAAUGCAGCGUCUUUUAGCUUGUUAUGAUCCAAAAGAGGUCAUCCUUCUGGGUGAAAGAUAUGGUUAUGGAGUGACGACUGGCUUCGGGUAUGAGUACGUCACAGGAGGUGGAGGCAUGGUCUUGAGUAGAGCAGCAAUCAACGCAAUAAUUGAGAGUGGCUGUUCCUGUUGGGAGCAGAAUUCCCCGGAUGAUAUGUGGCUUGGAAACUGUUUUAGAAAUAUAGGUGUUCCAAUCAUACACAGCCCGGCGUUUCACCAGACACGGCCCAUUGAGUACGUCCCUUCCCUUCUAGCUCACCAGACUCCUGUGUCGUUCCAUAAACACUACGAAAACGAUCCUUUGGCAGUCUACAGAGAUUACUUAAGCUAAUGGUCAGAAUAUAUAUCAUUAGAUAAAUUGAAUGCCAAAAUCUCAGUUUAGGCAAUUUGAGAAUUUCCGGCAAUGAGAAAUCAACCAAGAUUUUAAUGCGGUUUUAAACAGUAUUCAUAAAAUUAUAUAUAGUUCUUAAAGAACUUGUAACAAUUUCAAAUGACAUUGCAAUUAGCAAUGGAGGAGUGAACCCGCUGCUAGGACUCUCUUGUCAUAGCGUUGCUCUGCAAAGGGGAGAUUUUUACGUGACACACAGUGCACAAAAUUUUCAGGAACAAUUUGAAGUUGAAGUCUGUUUCCUGCAAGACUAGUUAAAGGCAUCCAAACCGUUCCACAUUUAGUUUUGAACCACUAGAAAUGGGUUCCAAUUUAUUAAUAAAAAUAAUUAUAUUAUUAAUAUAUUAGUACGUCAUUAGUAUUCUGACUAGGUUAUAAGUAUAUAAAAAAAAAACGAUAUUAGUACAGUAAGAUUGAAAUCUUUAGAUUUAGCUUAAUCUUUAGCAGACAUUGAUAAGAUUUAAUUAGUUUUUUUCUGAACUGUGCGCU